ACAGGAGAAAAACAUAUUUGUCAUAUAGCCUAUGUAUCUACUGUGAUAAUCGUAUACUCCAUAUUUUUCAUAUUGCCUUGUCAUUUAAUGUGUCAUAACAUCGUACUGCAUGGUAUCUUGUCCAUCAUCCUGUCUGAACAAGUGUGUGUGUGUGUGUGUGUGUGUGUGUGUGAGAGAGAGAGAGACCGCUCUGUCCAGUAUUAGACGCCAGAUGACGCUCUUGUCUAACGGUCUCUCCCUUUUCAGCCCAGACCCUUACAUGAUUUCAAUACCGAGAAGUUAUCGGACACGUUCCCCUAUCUAUCAAUAACCUCCUGGGGAUCAAGCCAAUUUAUGAGUGGCCAGGAGCUGCACGUGAUUCUGUUUAAACAUUCCAUAUUUGGGCAUUACGCGUCGUAUCAAGAAAAAAAAGGAAAUGAUUUCCUCCACCUAUAAAUCGUGCUCUUUUUUUAAGGACAAGCCUAACGUCCUCUAGAAAUACAAAUAAAGCCCAAUAAACAAAUUAAACUUCUAAACAACUUAUGUUCACUUUCUUAGCUGACUCAGUCUCUGCCGUGACCGAGUGCUUUUUGUGAGUCUCUCCAAGGUUAUAUUGUUUUGGGGAAAAGAAUGAGCUCAUACGUUGGAAAGUCUUUUUCUAAGCAAACGCAAGACGCCUCCUCUUGUAGAAUGCACACUUUUGGCAACUAUGGAGCUCACUCUGAGUUCCACGAGUCCAAUUACGCGUACGAAGGACUUGAUCUCGGUGGAUCGUUCAGUUCUCAAAUCCCCUCCAACUCUUUGAAACGGGAAGCGAUAAACACAACCGAGCGUGCAAGGAGCAGUGCAGCAGUUCAGCGAACACAGUCCUGUUCAGCUCUGGGCUCUCGUAGCUUUGUAGGCACUCAGGGGUAUAACCCCCUCAGUCACGGACUGUUGAGCCAAAAAGCCGAGGGGAAUAUGGAAGUUAUGGAGAAGCCCAGUGGCAAGAGCCGAACAGACGAUAUCAAAAUGGAGACCAAUUCAGCGAUAAAGCAACAAAGUAACUCGACUCAGCGUCAGAACCAGUCGCACGCGCAGAUAUAUCCGUGGAUGACAAAGCUACACAUGAGCCACGAAUCUGAUGGUAAAAGGUCACGAACCAGUUACACCCGGUACCAGACUCUGGAGUUGGAGAAAGAGUUCCAUUUCAACCGAUACCUCACACGUCGCAGACGUAUCGAGAUUGCCAAUAACCUCUGCUUGAACGAGCGCCAAAUUAAAAUUUGGUUCCAGAACCGUCGCAUGAAGUGGAAGAAGGACUCAAAGUUGAAAGUCAAAGGAGGACUAUAAUACCGCGAUGCACAGCUUCAGCUUGAAAAUAAAGGCAGUGUUAACUUGUACUGAAAUAACAAACUAUUUAAAAUAGAUUUUCAUGUUGACAACAGUCUUUCAUUUGUCUUCAAUAUCAUGUUGUUAUGUGAAUAUGUCCAUAUUUAUUGAAAGGGCUCCUUUCCCAGAGUGCUGGAGGUGCUUAUUUGAAUGAUGUAUGAGCUUAAACUUUAUUUGAAUCUGCUUUUACUACAAUCACUUGUAUCAGUAACUUACAAAUUACCAAGGCCUGCAUCCAGUUAUGUUGACUUAAAUGUAGGUGCAAAUAAUGUGGUGCUUUGCUUAAAUAUUCAUCAACCUGCCCAUUGCAUUUUGAUAGGACUUGUGUUUUCAUUCAUUGUAAAUACAUCUAUACAACUAAAAUCUUCACACAAGGGUAAACCGCACGCCAUGAUGAUAAUGCAACAACUGUAGUAUCAUAUUAAACGCUGUUUAUCAUGUUGCCUGUCAGCCAGCAGCCAAAUGGUCAUCUUCUCUUGUGGAUUAUGUCUACUGUGCAAUCAGAACAUUUUUCUAUUUUAUUGAAUGUUUUUGGGGCUAUUUUUUCAGAUAGCUACAUUGACUUUUGUUUCUUUACACUCUAUUCUUGAUAAGC